AUGGGUUGCUGUGGCUGUAGAGGCAACUGUGGUGGCUGCGGUGGUGGCUGUGGUGGCUGCGGUGGUGGCUGCAGUGGCUGCAGUGGCUGUACCUGCCGCCGCGUGGGCUGCUGCUCUGCCUGCUGCCCCUGCUGCUGUGGCUGCUGUGGGGGCUGCUGUAGCCCCACAGUUGUCUGCUGCCGCCGCACCUGCUGCUGUGGCUCUUGUGGCUGUGGCUCCUGUGGCUGUGGCUGUGGCAAGGGCUGCUGCCAACAAAAAUGCUGCUGCCAACAGAAAUGUUGCUGCAAGAAGCAAUGCUGCUGCUAG